AUGCCGUGGCUGAGCGGCGGCGGCCGGCGGCGGCGGCGGGGACAGCCGCGCGAGGCCCCGCAGGAGCCGCCUCAGCCCGCGCAGCCCCCGCCGGAGCCGCCGCCGCCCGCGCCCCCCGCCGCGGCCCCGGAGCCCUCCGAGCCCUCCGCGUCCUCCGCGCCCUCCGCGCCGCCACCCCCGCGGGCCCGGGAGAGCGCCGAGCUGCCGCUGCCCGCCGGCUGGGAGGAGGCGCGCGACUACGACGGCCGCGUCUUCUACAUCGACCACAACACGCGCCAGACGUCGUGGAUCGACCCCCGCGACCGGAUAACAAAGCCACUGACCUUUGCUGAUUGUGUUGGGGAUGAACUUCCUUUAGGAUGGGAAACUGUAUAUGAUAAACAAGUUGGCAUUUAUUACAUGAACCACAUAAAAAAGCUUACCCAGAUUGAGGAUCCCAGAGAACAGUGGCAGCGGGAGCAGGAACGGAUGCUGAAGGAGUAUUUAAUUGUAGCCCAGGAGGCCCUCAAUGCCAAGAAAGAAAUCUACCAGAUUAAGCAGCAGCGUUUCGAGCUGGCCCAGGAGGAGUACCAGCAGCUGCACAAGAUGUGCGAGGAUGAUGGCCGCUCGUACACCAACUCCUUUUCUGGAUAUUCAACAAAUACUAAGUACAACCCACUCCAAAUAAAAGCAGAAAUAACAAGUCAUCGGGAUAGGCUUUCCAGAUUAAAACGAGAGCUGACCCAGAUGAAGCAAGAACUGCAGUACAAAGAAAAGGGGGUAGAGACCCUGCAAGAGAUUGAUCGAAAGAUGUCAAGUGCUGACACCAACUACAAACUGGAUGAGGCACAGGCUAUAAUGAGCGAGCUCAGGACCAUCAAAAAAACCAUUUGUACAGGCGAGAAGGAAAGGCGGGACCUGAUGCAAAGCCUGGUGAACCUUACCAACGGUUUCAAGAAUUUCUCCUUUAUUACUGACUCUCUGCAGGAUUUUUCUCAGAACUCGGGCUCAUUUGUAGAUUCUCAUUUGCCUCAACAGUUCUGUGAUGCUGCAUCUCAAACGGAUAUCAUUGGAGACUUUGCCUUUGAUGAUAAAACAAACCUUGUAGACCAGGUCAGACUUAAUUGGCAAUGUGAGGAGGCCAGAAAGAGAGUCUCAAAUAUCCAGCGGCAGCUGGCCCAGUUUGAGAGCGAGUCCUGGCCGGGCAUGGCCGAGGCCGACAGGGACCGGCUGCAGCUCAUCAAGGAGAAGGAGGCCCUGCUUCAGGAGCUGCAGCUCAUCAUCCAGCAGAGGAGGCCGGCGGAGGACGUGGCCCGGCUGGAGGAGGAGCGGCGGCGCCUGGAGGAGGAGAUCCAGCGCUCCCGGGCCACGUCCGUGCAGGGCGCCACGGAAAGGAUUCUACUUCAGGAAAAAAGAAACUGUCUCCUGAUGCAGCUGGAAGAAGCCACCUGCCUAAUGUCCUAUCUCCAGUCCCAGUUACAAAGCCUGUCCGCCAGCACCCUGACCGUCUCCUCGGGGAGCAGCCGCGGCUCCCUGGCCUCCAGCCGCGGCUCCCUGGCCUCCAGCCGGGGCUCCCUGAGCUCCGUCAGCUUCACCGACAUCUACGGCCUCCCGCAGUACGAGAAGCCCGACGCCGAGGGCGGCCCGCUCCUGCGCUUCGACCUCGUCUCCUUCGACUCCCUGCGCCGGGACGCCCCCUUGGCGGAGGCCCCGGGCCCCGCGGGCCUCCACAAACACACGCGCUCCCUGGACACGCCGCAGUCCCUGGCGUCCCUGUCCUCGCUGUCCCCGCCCAGCUCGCGCUUGGACACGCCCUUCCUCCCGGCCUCGCGAGACUCGCCCCUGGCCCAGCUCGGGGACGCCUUCGAGGUGGCGGGCCUGGGCGCCCUGGACAGGCUGUGCGCUCAGGCCUCCGCCUUGGGGGACGAAGACCCGCCGGGCGCGGCGUCCCUGCCGCCGCACGGGUGCCCCGGGGACGGGGAAGGACCUCGCGAGCGAGGACCCCAAGCGGCUGCCGCUCCCACGGCUGCACGUACCAAACUGAGGGAAGACAGCGCCCAGAGGCUGGAGCGGAGAGCGUGCUGCGUGUCUGCCUGCCUGUCCGAUUACUCGCUGGCCAGCGACAGCGGCGUGUUUGAACCUGCCACCAAAAGGAGUGAGGAUGCCGACGAGCCUGUGCCUGGAGACGCUUGCGGUAACGAGGGGCCCCAGAUCCAUGUUGGAUUUUUGCACGACAGUGCCAGCGAGUGUCUCCUCGUGAACGUGCUCCAACUGAAGAACUUUGCCGGGCUGGUGGUGAAGGAAGACUGCAAAAUGGAGAAGGAAAUCUGUGUUGUCUCCGGUGGGGAGAUGGGUGCCCGAUGGGGGUGUGAGGUCCCACUUACCCUGGCGGGUGAACCCACCUGUGAUGGGUGCUCAGGCCUGACGGUGCCUUCCCCUUCCGUGAGUCGUCUUUGUAAACUGGCCUCCCGAAGGCCUUGGAAGCAGCCUGGUGUUCAGCGGCUGAGGGUCAGUUCUUCGGACUUUCUUUUGGUGUUUAAUGAAGUUUUCAAAAUCCCUGUGCAGUCAAACAUGGUGAUGUUGGAGUCCCUUCAGUUAUACAUGUGCUCAGUGAAUCCGCAGCUGCAGGAAGAACUGCUGGGCAUUGCUCAGAUUAACUUGGCUGAUUACGAUGGUUCGAGCGAGAUGCAGCUGCGCUGGUACUCGGUGCAGGUGUUCACCGGCCCCGAGCCGCCCCGGCGGGAGGACGAGCGGCUGGGGCACAGCGACUUCCGGGACCCUGCACACACCACGUCUGGAAAGACAGACGCGGUGACGGUGCUGCUGGCGAGAACCACGGCCCAGCUGCAGGCGGUGGAGAGAGAGCUGGCCGAGGAGCGGGUGAAGCUGGAGUACACGGAGGAGGAGAUCCUGGAGAUGGAGCGCACGGAGGAGCAGGCCGAGGCCGUGUCCGAGAGGAGUUGGCAAGCCGACUCGGUGGACAGUGGCUGUAGCAGCUGCGCCCAGACCAGCCCCCCGCACCCAGAGCCCUGCUGCGUUGCUGUCAGCUCCAUCCACGGACACACGUUUGCUGGCCAGGCAGACCCUUACGGCCCCGAGAAACUUCAGCCCCCGCCUCUGAAGGUUGAUAAGGAAACCAACACAGAAGAUCUCUUCCCGGAAGAGGUGGCGAGUCUGCCGAAGGAGAGGCCCGGCCGCAGGGCCCGCGGCUCGCCCUUCUCGCGGAGCAGCACCCUUGUGCGUUCCCAGACUUUCUCGCCCGGAGCACGAAGCCAGUACGUCUACAGACUUUAUCGUAGUGACAGCGACAGUUCAGCGCUGCCCCGGAAGUCCCCCUUUGUCCGAAACACUUUGCAAAGACGAACCCUUCGCUAUAAGCAGCCCUGCAGGUCCUCCCGGGCGGCGCUGGCGGCGCGCACGUCCCGGGACCUGGAGCUGGACCUCCAGGCGUCGCGGACGCGGCAGCGGCAGCUGAACGAGGAGCUGUGCGCCCUGCGCGAGCUGCGCCAGCGCCUGGAGGACGCCCAGCUCCGCGGCCACGCCGGGCCCCCGGCCUGGCUGCUGCGCGACGAGCGCUUCCGGAGCCUGCUGCGGGAGGCCGAGAGGCAGACGAGACAGACCCAACUUGACUUCCAUCAAGAACAGGCAGCUGAGCAGAUGCUGAAGAAGGCCUCCAAAGGGGUGUGCCAGCUGCGCGGGCAGAACCUCAAAGAGCCCAUCCAAGUGCAGGCGUUCAGGGAGAAGAUAGCAUUUUUUACAAGACCAAGGAUUAACGUACCUCCUCUGCCCGCCGACGAUGUUUGAUGUAGUGCUUUGUACACAUGAAGUAUUUAUCUGCCUGUUUUAUUUUCAUGAAGUUCUUAGACUAGCUAAAUUUGUCUUUAAAAUA